AUGAAUGAUGAAAUUAUAAUAACUAAGCCAUCAAAAUAUGCACGUGUUAAUAUAUUCAGCAAGGUCUAUUGCACAUGGCUAUACCCGAUGUUCAUACGUAGCCUCAAACGUGAUGUCCAAAUCCAGGAUCUGUACAAAUGUCCGCCGGAAGACAUGUGCGAGACAGUGGUCGCCAAACUGGAAAAAAAUUGGCGAAAAGAGUUAGCAAAACAAUCGCCAAGUUUUAUGUGGGCAUCGAUUAAGACAUUUUCGGGAUCCAUAAUAAUACCGAUUAUAUUAGUUAUAUUAGAUCAUUGUGUAAUUUUCAACAUUAAUAUGAUAUUGUUGGCCAAAUUGCUGGCAUUUUUUGCCGCACCCGACAAACACAACUAUUUGCAUACCUGUCUGUAUGCCUGUGCUAUGAUUGUUACAAUCAUACUAAAUGUAUCGUUUGAACAUCCAGCGUUGCUACUAUCGGCCAAACUGGCCAUGAAUAUCAGGGUCAGUUGGUGUACACUUAUCUACAAAAAGGCAUUACGUUUGAAGCACUCGGCGUUUUCAAAGACAACAAUCGGACAGAUAUUAAAUCUAAUGUCCAACGAUGUCAGCCGUUUGGAAGAAUUUUGUCAACACUUUGCUUAUCUGAUUGCCGGUCCGAUUAACAUUGCCAUAGGUGUGGCCAUAUGCUGGCAAUACAUCGGUUGGGUGUCAUUCAUAGGACUGGCAAUACUUAUGUGUUUUAUACCAUUCAAUGGUCUAAUGGGCCGAUUGUUUCUCAAGAUUAGGAGAAAAGUGGCCGCACUUACCGAUAACCGGAUCCGUUUGAUGAACGAUAUAAUAACUGGUAUGAGUGUUAUCAAAAUGUAUGCCUGGGAACGACAUUUUAGCAAACUUAUAGCCGAUGCCCGCAAGAAAGAGAUGAGACAAAUACAAAAGUCAACACUUCUUAAAGUACUAAACAAAUCCAUAUCCGAUAUUAGCGGUCGGGUUAUGAUAUUUGUUAUAUUAAUAGUACAUAUAGUAUUGGGCGGUAGACUGACCGCCGAAACAGUGUUUAUCUCAAUGUAUGUCUACCAGGGAUUACAGUAUACAAUGACAUCUGCCUUUCCGCAAGUGGCGGCACUGACUGCCGAACUGUAUGUCUCAGCUAAACGUAUUCAGACAUAUCUACUAUUAGAUGAAAUCGAAGAACUAAACCAAUUCAAUGAUGAAAAUGGUAUACAAAACAAUGGUAAUAGUGGUGGUGGUAAUGGUGGCGAAAACGUACCGCUUUUAGGGCAUAAUAAACAGCACCGGGAUGUCAAUGAUGAUGACACUAACAAUACUAAUAAAACUAUUAUUGUCGAUAAUUUGUGCGCCACUUGGGAUACAGAGCUUAAAUGGCAAACAAUUAAAGACAUAACUGUUUCGUUAGGAUCGGGCGAGUUGUUAGCUGUUAUCGGACCGGUUGGUAGUGGAAAGAGUUCAUUUCUAAUGUCACUAUUAAAUGAGAUUCAAGUAACCAGUGGUCGGGUAUCCGUAAAGGGAUCGGUAGCCUAUGCCUUACAGGAAAGUUGGAUAUUUAACUCAACAGUUCAGCAAAACAUAACGUUUGGAAAGUCGUAUGAAAUAAAGCGAUUCAAAGAAGUCAUAUCAGUCUGUGCUAUGAAUCGCGACUUAAAGAUGUUUCCGUUCGGCGAGCGAUCUCUGGUCGGCGAAAGAGGUGUUACACUCAGUGGCGGACAAAAAGCUCGGAUAACAUUAGCCCGUGCUCUGUAUAAUAACGCCGAUAUCUAUCUAUUGGACGAUCCGUUAAGUGCUGUCGACAGUGAAGUUGCGAAUCAUAUAUUUGAAAAAUGUAUCACUGAAUAUCUGAAAUCAAAAUCAGUGAUUCUCGUCACACAUCAGAUACAGUUCAUCAAAAAGGCCCACAAAAUACUGGUCCUACGCGAGGGUCGGCCACUGGCUGUCGGUUCCUAUACAGAGCUUAUGGAAGCGGGCAUUGAUUUUAUGUCACUGAUUAAAACGGAAGAAAAAUCGGAUAAUAAUGUAAUAAACAAACAACAGAUGAAUGAUGUCAUCAUUAGUGACAAUGUCUUUAGACAACGAGCCAUAAGUCGUAUAUCUUCACAGUCGGGACACGAAGCUAACUCUGGUGGUGAUAGUGACGAGAAAUUAGCGGACGAACUAAAAGCUAGCGGAUCGGUUGACGCCCGGAUCUAUUGGGAGUACAUCCGAUCGGGUGCCGGAUCUCUACUACUGGUUAUUGGCCUAAUAUCAACAUUACUAGCGCAAGGUCUAGAAAACUAUAGCGAUAUCUGGCUGUCCGAAUGGAUUAAUCGGGACACCAAUUAUAAUAGUAAUGUCACCGAUAAUAGUGAUAACAGUGAUAAAAAAGUGGAUGAAUCAGAAAACAUUAAAAUUUAUUCAAUACUUUUGGUGACUAUUUUUCUAUCAUUAAUACUACGGUCGACCACUUGGUUUGUAAUGUGUAUCAAAGCGUCAAUCAAUUUACACAACAGAAUAUUCUAUCGAUUAAUGAGAACCAGAAUCACGUUUUUCGACACAAAUCCUGUCGGUCGUAUUUUGAACCGAUUUACCAAAGAUAUGGGUACUGUCGAUGAAAAGUUACCGUUUGUUUCAUAUGAAGUCAAUAAAUAUAUAGUGCUUACGUUAGGAUUGUUAACAGUGGUUGCAAUUUCCAACUAUUAUCUAAUUAUUCCGGCCAUCGGUCUAUUGGCCGCUAUAUUAGCUAUGCGUUGGAUUUAUUUGAAAACCAGUCGCGAUUUACAGCGUUUCGAGGGAAUCGCCCGGAGCCCACUGUACAAUCAUAUGACUACUACACUGAGCGGACUGAUCACUAUCCGUGCCUAUCGUGCGGAACAAAUGUUUCGGGAACAGUACUAUCGCUACCAGAAUGAUCACACGUCUACUUAUUUCAUGCAAUUUACCGCAUCCCGGUGCUCAGCCAUAACAAUGGAUUUUAUUUGUGUCGCUUAUAUCGUAUGUGUGAUAUGUUUCUCAUUGAUUUCAUAUAAAGACCUAGCGAGUGGAACGGUAGGUCUAAUCAUAUUUAUGGCAUUGAGUUUGAUUGGAAGCACACAAUAUGGUAUCAGACUGUCGGCCGAAAUGGAGAAUCAGAUGACAUCAGUCGAGAGAAUUGUUGAAUACUCUAAACUAGAAUCCGAAGGACUGAUCGACAGUGAGAUACCACCGCCUGAUGAGUGGCCCGACAAGGGAUGCAUUGAACUCAAACACGUGUACUUGACUUAUGAUAAUUUACCAAAACCUACACUUCAUGAUCUAAAUUGUUUGAUCAAUGGGGGCGAGAAAGUCGGUAUAGUUGGCCGAACCGGUGCCGGAAAGUCGUCCAUAUUGUCGGCAUUGUUUCGUAUGCAUGAUAUUGAUGGUAAUAUCAUUAUCGAUGGCAUCGAUCACAAGACUAUAGGUCUACACGAUUUGCGUAGACAUAUGUCAAUCAUACCUCAGAAUCCCAUGGCUUUCAUCGGCAGUUUGCGCAAGAAUUUGGAUCCAUUCGAUGAACAUUCUGAAGAUAGACUGUGGGAAGUACUCGAAGAAGUACAGCUCAAGGAGGCUGUUAUGGAAAUGUCCGGUCAGUUGGAGUAUCAACUGUCCGAAAGCGGCGGUAAUCUGAGUGUAGGUCAGCGCCAACUCAUAUGUCUGGCCAGAGCUAUACUUCGCCGAAAUCGGAUUCUUGUGUUAGACGAGGCAACAGCUAAUGUCGACCACAAAACAGAUGCAUUGAUUCAGCGGACAAUUCGUGAAAACUUUGCCGACUGUACUGUACUAACAAUUGCUCACCGAUUGAAUACAAUCAUAGACUCGGAUCGGGUACUGGUUCUCGAUUCCGGACGUAUUAUGGAGUUUGGCGUUCCCUACGAAUUAUUACAGAAUAAUUCGGGAAUGCUUUACAAACUCGUUAAACAAACCGGUGUCCAAAUGGCCGAUCAAUUGAUACGAUUGGCUAAACAAUCG